ACAGGUUAUACAUCGACAGCUGUGGGCAACUGUGGUCUUUUGUGCCUUGUUUUGUUCACACUUGUAGCUUCCUGCUUGGCCAGACACGGAUAUGAACUCAGCUCUAGAGUGUUUGGCUGCAUUAACUGAAGCGUGAUAAUUACAAGCUGCACACACCUCAGUGGGUAUUAGACAAGCUUCAACCGUAAAAUGACUCCAUGUGGCUCAUUGACGUUGGUAUUCCUCCACGCGAAGUCUGUUUCUUUUCAAGUUCUCCCUGAUGGUUUGUGUGUGGUCCCUUUGGUGAGUCUCCCCAGAGGCCGGGGGCGUUCAACCCACAUCUACUCGAACGAAAUGCCAGUUGGAUUUAUUGAUCUCCAUCAUGCUCUAGUCAUUUUUGUCUUUACAAUCAAGCCAUUGUCGGGGUCAGCUGUCCGGUCGCGUGCAUUGAUUACCAUGGGGCGAUGAUCAGGCAUUAGCUACAACGAUCAUAAUCACGGAUAACCAUAAAGGACAUCAGUCUCUCUCAGAGUGGUUCCUGCUCUCAACCACCCCACCCACAGCGCAUUGUUAAAUAUAACCUGGCUGCUGUGGAGUGGUGAGAAGACCUACAUGAAGGUAGUGUUCUUCAGAGUGAGAGAGAGGCAGUAGCGUCUGUCUCCCAGUGCACAGGAUGGCUGGAUAUGCAGGGCUGUCGGUUAUAUGUCCCACGAGUCUUCAAUUCAGAGGGAAAUGCCGUUUUGGGAUGCAGGCGGACGAUGACAGUGCCAACGACGGCGUGUACGCCAAUGUAACAGCCCUCCGCCAGAGCAACUCCGAGUCCCCUCCUCGCUCUCCGUAUCUGGAUCCCGAGGGAUGGGAGGUCCAUACUGACCAAGAGAGCGGGCAGGAGUACUACUACCACCCCACCACGGGGCGCACCACCUGGGACAACCCCUUACACCCCCCCAUGGACCCUGAAGCACCGAUGGAGGACCUCGUUUCUCUCUCGCUCUCCCAGUCCCCCGGCCUGUCCUCCAUCGCUGCCUCCCCCCCUGUUGCCUGGGCGUCAGACUGGGAGCAGUUGGUGGAUGAGACCAGCGGCCGCCUGUACUUCUACAACCCAGCGUCGGGGGCGACAUCUUGGGAGCCCCCGGAGCAGCUGAGCCCGUCUCCCCCUCCGAUGGAGCCUCUGGGUGGGCACACGCCACGGGAGGACAGGCCGCCUCCCUUACCAGUAGAAGACUACCCAGCAGAGGAGUACUCCUCAUCGGCAGACUAUGCUGACGUCCAGCAUGAGCCCCCGUCUCCAGUCAACUACUCCCCAGACUACGCCCUCAACCCUGUGGCCCGGGCACUCCUCCCCAGGGCCACUCUGGACCGGAGCGCCCCACCGGGCUGGAACCUCCUGGUGGACCCCGAUGGAACGUGGGUGUUUACUUGUGAACACUCCCAAGAGCAGUGGAUCAAGUCAUUGGAUGACCGAGGGAAGACCUACUACUACCUUAAAGAUGGUUCCAUAUCCCAGUGGAACCUGCCUGAGGCCCCUGAAGCCUCAGGCCAUUCCAAUUUGGGGAACGGCGUGGAGGUGAACUGGAGACACACCAUGUGCCCUGCUCAGCUCAGCAGAGCCCAGGAGGAUGGGAAGUUCUUCUUCCCAACACACAGGAGGAACGCCUCGGACCUCGACAGCGAGAGCUCCAGCGCCGGCAACUCCCCAGAGACUCAGCAUCACGUGCAGAAUUUAGAAAAAGCUGGCAUCCUCAACAAAACAAAAGUGUCCGAGAACGGCAAAAGAGUAAGGAAGAACUGGGCCCAGUGUUGGACUGUUCUGCACGGCGGGGUUCUAACAUUCCACAAAGACCCAAAGUCUGCAGCUCCGGUAGCUCUGAAUAAAAUCAAUCAGAUUGUCCCAGAGGUCAGAGUGGAGCUUCGAGGGGCUGUCAUUGGCUGGGCCCCCAAGGACAAAUCCAGCAAAAAGAACGUUAUAGAGCUGAAAAGCCGAAACGGUGUUGAGUUCCUGAUCCAGUAUGACACAGAGAGCAUCAUCAGUGAUUGGCACAAAGUUCUUGGCGACACCAUCCGACAGCUGGAGCAACGGGAGCAGCACUCGGAGGAGGAGGACGGGGAAGUCGGCGAGAAGUCGGCGAGCACGGACAGAGGGGACCGAUCCCCGGGCGCCCUGGACAAGAGGAGGAUGUCCAGGUCUGUGGAGGUCAGGGCCCACGGCGAGACAGACCAGAAGAAGGUCCGCACCAAGCUGAUCAAGUUCCUCAUGAAACGGCCCACGCUGCAGUCUGUCAAGGAGAAAGGAUACUUCCGAGACAACGUGUUUGGAUGUCAUCUGGCCGCACUCUGCGCUCAGGAACGGAACACUGUUCCCAGCUUUGUUGAGAAAUGCAUCAGGGCAGUUGAGAGGAGAGGUUUGGACAUCGAUGGGAUCUACAGGGUCAGUGGAAACCUGGCUGUCAUUCAGAAACUACGCUUCAAGGCCGAUCACGAGGAGCUGGAUCUGGAGGACGGCCAGUGGGAGGACAUCCACGUCAUCACAGGGGCCCUCAAGUUGUUCUUCCGGGAGCUUCCUGAGCCCCUGUUCCCCUACAGCCACUUCAACAGCUUCAUCGCAGCCAUCCGAACCGCUGACUAUAACUUGAAAGUGUCUUAUAUGUGUGAUCUCGUCAAGUCUCUUCCCCCGGCUAACCAUGACACCAUGGAAAUUCUGUUUGGACAUUUACGGAAGGUGAUCGAGUUUGGGGAAGAGAACAGGAUGACGGUGCAGAACGUGGCCAUCGUCUUUGGACCCACACUGCUGAGGCCUGAGAUGGAGUCAGCCAACAUCACCAUGCACAUGGUGUUCCAGAACCAGAUCGUGGAGCUCAUCCUGAACCAAUACGAGCAGAUCUUCCACUCAAGCUAAACGAAUCGGGCGCUUCCCUCAGAGGCAGGAUCACGCAACAAAGCUCGUAUUGCAAGGAUCAGAAAGCACAGAUUGUACACAGGAUAUAUAGUCUGAGUGAGCUAGCUAGCCACUAGGGGGGACUCUCAGAUUUCUGUCACAUCCUAGGACCUCCUAGGGGAUUUCUGUCACAUCCUGCUGUUGAAAUGGAUUUGUGACUCGUCACACCAACCGGCAGUGUGACUUACUGCAAUUUAACUUGUUUGAAUGUCUUCUUGUAGAUCUUGACUAUCAAUUAGAUUACAUUCACAUUACCAUUGUUAGAUAUCAUCCUAACCUCUCUCGCCAGAAAGGCAGACCUGGAUUUAUCAUUGCUGGUAUAUUUUCGAAAUGAUAAAAUAAGUAUUUGAAUGUUUAUGUUUUGUGAAAUACAUUGACACAAUGAAGUUCUGUGUUCAUGCAAAUGUUUGACUCCGUUUUAAGAUUAACCACACUGCCUGUUACUGUAAUAUAGAAUUGUACAAAAGAGAAUAAUACCAACAACCUGCUGUGAGUUAGACACGUGACAUCCUUGUACAGUUUACCGAGACGGCACUUGUCCAAGACGCACAUUUUGUGUCAAUAAUGAAUGAAAUGUAUCUCUGUAAUAUUUCUUCUUAGCAUUAACAGUCUAGACCCUAACAACAAGACCAAAAUGAAGGCGGUUGGUUCUGAGAUUAUGACCUGUACAUAGAAAUAGAUAGCAUAUAUUUAUGCUGUAUAUUACUGAAAAGCACAUCCUUUAAUAAAAUAACUUUGUAAAAAUGUUA